CUCACUCUUACUACUCACUCAGACAUCGACACAAUGCCGAUCAACCAACCUUCAAACCAGAUCAAAUUAACCAACGUGUCCGUCGUGCGCCUCAAGAAGGGCGGAAAGCGCUUCGAAGUGGCAUGCUACAAGAAUAAAGUACAAGAAUGGCGCAAGGGCGUAGAAACGAACCUCGAUGACGUCCUUCAAAUCAGCGCCGUGUUCGUGAACGUUUCCAAGGGCGAACAAGCCAAAGCAGGCGACCUCAAGAAAGCCUUCGGGAAGGCUUCAGAAGACGAUAUCAUCAAAGAGAUCCUUAAACAUGGAGACCUCCAAGUCGGUGAAAAAGAACGCGAACACGAGCUCACAAAUCUCCGCAAGGACAUCGCGCACCGAGUCUCAGAAUCCGUCGUCGAUCCAUCCACGCAGCGUCCUUACUCUCUCGGCAUCAUCGAGAAGGCUCUAUCGGAAGUCGGGUUUAGCGUUGAUCCCUCUAAGAAUGCGAAGAGCCAAGUCUUAGGAGCUAUUAAGUUACUCCAGGGCGGGAGGUUACCAGUGCAACGCGCGAGAAUGCGUGUACGCUUGACUAUCCCUGCGGCUGACGUUGAGAAGCUUGAGGCGAGGAUAAGAGAAGGUGCGGAGGUUGUUGAGGAUACAGAGGAGAGAAAUGAGUUAUGGGAAGUUACGCUGCAAAUUGACCCUGCUCAGUUCCGCGUGUACAAAGAGCUUCUAGACAAGGAGUGCAAACUUGGUCGAUUAAACGUCGUCGAUCAAACUGUCUUCGCGCCUCCUCCCGCUGCUACGUAGUGGCAGUGCUUAUUCGUGAUCACCAUGCUUGUACUUGUACUGUAGGUUAAGAAGCCCGUCGAUUGUAUAGAUCCUCAAUAAAC